CCGACUUGCUGCUCACCGGAUGACACAGUUGACCACCCCUGCCUCCCACCCUUGCAUCUCACACAACGGAGAUUCAGCUCCAAGCCGUCUUGGCUUUCGUGAACUUUAAAAAGAAAUAGACCGUUCAUUCAAGACAGAAUCAUUAGCCUUUACCUUUCACAUCAUCACUGCCUGACCGACAGGCGGCCUCACAUCCUCCAUUGCAACUGCCGCGUUUGGCGCCGCCGAGACGAAGUUACUGCCAACAUGAGCUCCGAAGUUCCAAACCCGGAUCUAGAGUCUUUCCGGGAGCAAUGGAAAGCCGAGGUGAGGGCGAAGCACGGCGCUCCGGGCGUUUCCCAACAACAACAACAACAGCAGCAGCAGCAGCAGCAGCAGCAGCAGCAGCAGCAACAAUCGAGGGCGGCUGGACCGUCCCACACUCAUGCGAGGCCCGUCGCACAGCACCCGCGGAAGCCGCCACAGUCCGCGCAGAAAGCUGCCGCUCAAGAGGACGACGAGGAGUAUGUUCAACCGCGGCCCUUUGAUGAGUCUGCGGCAAGCGCAUCAGCAUCUUCACAAACGACACAUUCCGUGGGCUCGGAAGCCCGGGAACCCGUCUCAGCACUGGAGCACUAUGAGAAGGCGGUUGAGAAGGAGGCCGCGGGUAACCUCGGGGAAAGCCUGAGACUGUAUAGGAUAGCCUUCAGGCUGGACGACCGGGUGGACCAGAAGUACAGAAACAAGCACUUCCCGAAGCCGCCACCAAAACAUGUGCAGGCUGCUUCAGAAGCGGCCGUCUCGACGGCGGUCAGCACGGCGCGCAAGGUUGACCAGCCGCAGUCAAUGAAGGACCUCAUCGCUAGCUUCUCCGCCAUGUCUAUCUCGCCCGCCCCACCCGAGGUCGAGGGCAUGCCACCACCCCCGUGCCCGCUGGCUACUCUCCCGGAGGAACUUUUGGUUCAUAUCCUCCAGGACGUGGCCAUCCUCGACGUCGGGGACUUUGUGCGGCUUGCCCAAGUGUGCAAGCGCCUCGCCUACCUGGUCGCCACCGAGGACCGCAUCUGGCGACGCAUCUGCCUGGGCAGCGAGUUUGGUUUUGGCGGCAUGCACUAUUACUGGCAACAAAGAGUCAACUGGAAGCCCUUGACGGAAGCCGACAUCGAAAGCGAAGCCGCCGAAACCGAGUCGGCCGAGGACGCGGACGGUUCGGGGGCUGAUUCCGAGUCGGUACAGCUGUCGACGAGCGCGCCACACCUCGCUCUCGCCGAACGCGCCCGGCGGCACGCCCGGGAGAGCGCGGCUAACACGCUCGCCCUGUACCGGUCGCUCUACGGGUGUUCGUGGCAGCGCAUGUUCCGACAGCGGCCGCGCAUCCGCUUCAAUGGCUGCUACAUCAGCACCGUCAACUACAUGCGCUCCGGGCAGGCUAGCGCCAACCAAGUCACCUGGGGCUCACCCGUGCACAUCGUCACCUACUACCGCUACCUGCGCUUCUUCCGCGACGGCGCCGUCAUCAGCCUGCUCACCACCGCCGAGCCCGCCGACGUUGUGCACCACAUGACCCGCGAGGCCCUCGUCCUGCAUGCCGGCGGCGCCAACCCGCACCUGCCCAGCUUCGUGAUGCGCCACGCGCUGAGGGGGAGGUGGAGGCUGUCGCGCGAGGCCGACGACCCGGACGCGCCGCUGGCCGACGCCGAGCGCGGCGUGACGGUCGAGACCGAGGGCGUGAGCAAGUACAUCUACCGGCUCGACCUGGCGCUCGGCACGGCGGGCAAGGGCGCCAGGAACAAUAAGCUGGGCUGGAAGGGGUUCUAUAGCUAUAACCCGCUGACCGGGGACUGGGGCGAGUUCACCAUGAAGAACCACAAGCCCUUCUAUUUCAGUCGCGUGAGGAGCUACGGCGUGAAGGGGGCUUAGUGUAGUCCAGAGAGGCGCUGCCGAGGGUUGGAUAUUUUAGGAUUGGGGGCUGGUGGGGUGGAAUUUGCACAUACGAGCAAGGUUCGUGAUAAUGAGAUGUAUGGAUUUGCUGUUUGUACAUAACUAUUCCGUAGACUUGCCGAAAAAAAAGGAGGAGUCAUUACGCAGUACGAAGUGCGCUACUUUAGUUCCCGCGGUACGGAGUACGGAUCCGUUCCAAAUAG